AUGCCUGCAGCGAUAGGUUCACAGUCGAGCUCCCUCGAAUCCAUCCUCCACGUCCUACAGCAAUCUCUCAGUCAUGGCGAUUCCUCCCAUGCGCAAUCACAAUUACAAAAGGCGAAACUAGCUCUUCUACAACAAAAUGCCUUGAUCCCGUCACAGCAAACCCCUGCUCCUACUCUGGCAACAGCUCGGUCGAUCUUGGAAGUGGGUGCGCUUCUGUCCAUCCGUUCAAGAGAUCCAGGUUCCUUCAUCAGAUACUACUCCCAACUACAACCAUUCUACGACUAUCCAGGCCUUCAACAAUCGCCUUCACGAGAGAGAUCAAAGAUCACAGGGCUCUAUCUACUGCUUUUAUUGAGUCAGGGCGACUAUGCUGGCUUCCACACGCUUCUUGAAUCUCUGAUCGUUGCGGAAGGUGCGAAUGGAGGAUCGUCAGUGGAGGAAGAUCAAUUCAUAAAAUAUCCCGUCGAGCUGGAACGGAGUCUGAUGGAGGGAAGCUACGAUCAGGUAUGGAGGAAAACAAAUGGUCGAGACGUGCCUGGCGAGGAAUUUGCCCUGUUUUCUGACAUUCUCAUCAACACCAUCCGUCUUGAAAUCGCCUCAUGCGCAGCACGCUCAUAUCCCUCAUUACCUAUAGCCUCAGCGAAGAACCUGCUCUUCCUGGAUUCCGAAGGCGCGGUCACGGAGUUUGCUAAUGACCAGGGCUGGAGUCUAGAAGAAGGGCGAAUCUAUUUCCCUGUUCCGGAGGACGCGAAGAAGGCUGAAGACGGCGACCAGAAGGAAGUCAUCAAUCACAUGGUCGGGUACGCCAGAGAACUGGAGAUGAUUGUAUAA